UCCAUGUUUUUCAUGUUCAAAACGUUGAAGAUAAAUUUAGCUAGAAACGUAAACCGUCGACGAUGAAUUCACGAGGCCAUCCCGAACCUGAUUCCGAGUCUCCUCCGACUAUACCGUCGAGUCCCCGGACACCGAGGAUGAAGGUUAGUUCCAAACUGAAUCGAUGGUCCAUGGGGCGUGCUUUACGUUCCGGUGCUGUUAAGAUUGAACGUCAGACUCUUCGUACCGAUAACAACGACGCACCUUGCCGUCAAGUAACGACGGAGGAGCAGGCUGAUAGAAAGACGUCUGCUAUCGAGGACGGUUUUAGAGAUGACGUGGCGGGAAAGUCAAUAUAUAUGGUUUCAGACGGGACAGGGUGGACGGCAGAGCACUCCGUUAACGCAGCUUUGGGCCAAUUCGAAGAUCCAUUGGUCAAUCGUGGCUUUCCUGUUAACACCCAUCUCUUCUCUUGGGUGGAGGAUGAGGAGAAGCUAAUAGAAAUUAUCAAGCAGGCGGCAAAGCAGAAGGCAAUGUGUUUCUACACUUUAGCCAAUCCUUCUAUGUCCAAAUCCGCUAAAGAAGCUUGUGAUCUAUUAGGUGUGCUCUCUGUCGACAUCUUAGGACCAAUUAUCCAAGGCAUUGCGUCUCACUUGGGUGUUUCUCCGUCAGGUCUUACCCGUGGAGCUGCCGGUAGGGUCAAGACUCUCAACGAUGCAUACUUCAAAAGAAUCGAAGCCAUUGAGUUUACCAUUAAGCAAGACGAUGGGACUCUACCCGAGAACUUAGGCAAGGCUGAUAUCAUUCUAGUCGGUGUUUCACGGACGGGAAAGACGCCGCUGUCUACUUAUAUUGCUCAGAAAGGGUAUAAAGUCGCAAAUGUACCGUUUGUGAUGGGCGUAGAACCGCCCAAGACGCUUUUUGAUGUUGAACCGAGAAAAGUUUUUGGGUUGAAGAUUCAACUUGUGGUACUGCAAGCCAUCAGGAGAACAAGAGCUAAAACGUUAGGUGUGGAUACGGUAGGAGAGAACAGAUAUUCAGGCUUCGAUCUUGUUCGGAAAGAACUUGAUUUCGCGGCAAAGAUCUAUGCGAAAAACCCUGGAUGGGUGGUCAUAGAUGUGACGAAUAAAGCGAUUGAAGAAACAGCAGCUGUGAUUCUGCGGCUUUAUCAUGACGGUAGCGACAGUAGUACUUCUGUACCUUGUAUCUCAAAACGCUUCUAAGCUCACGAGAAUACAGUUUGGUACUAUUUUAACUAAUCAAACCUAGGCGCCUGUAUUUUGUUUACUCAACUAUUGUAUUUUUUUUUAACAUUUUCAUGUAAGAGGAU